GCGUUGCUGUGGCUGUGGCAUAGAUCCGAGGCUACAGCUCUGAUUCCACCCCUAGCCUGGGAACCUCCAUAUGCUGCAGAUGCGGCCCUAAGAAAUAAAUAAAUAAAAUAACAGGGCACUAAGUCCAUAAAUCACCCCCAAAGAUCCCACCUUCUAAUACCAUCACCUCGGUGGAGUGGGAUUUCAACAUAUGAAUGGGGGGGGGGCGGACACACACAUUCAGACCGCAGCUCUCAGGAAGGCUCUUCUGACUUCCUGCCCAACACCUGGGGCCAAAAAGCAAGCUGGGGUGGGCUUGUGUUUUCUUCACAGGAAAGCUGGAUUCUGAGUGACCGCUGGUACCUGGCUAUCUCUCCUUCCCGUAUAGUCCCUCUGGCCCCGUCUGCUUAGAUUCCAGUGGUGCCUUAGAAAGAUUUCCAUGAAAAGGUUAAAAUAAGGCAAUUUCAAAUACUCAAAGGGCUAACAUUGUGCCAUGCAGGUAACUAUGCAGGUAUUUCUGCUAAGAACUGUAUUUCUUUAACAUUCUGGAUGGUAGAAAACUUCUUCGUGCUUUUGAUGUUUCAUGGGUCUGACUUUUCUGGCCAUGGGGUUCCCACUGUGGCACAACGUGAUUGGCGGUGUCUCUGCAGUGCCAGGACGAAGGUUCAGUCCCCGGCCCGGCACAGGGGGUUAAAGGGUCUGGCGUUGCUGCAGCUAUGGUGUAGGUCGAAACUUUGGCUCGGAUCUCAUCCCCGGCCUGGGAAUUCCAUAUGCCACAGGGUGGCCAAAAAAAGAAAAAAAAUUCUUUUUGGCCAGGACAUGAAUCGCAAAUAUCACGUAAGCUCUCUCCUGAGGCCAGGUAGUCGGGGCCACACCUUUCAUUUCCACCUGUGAGAUUAGGAAGGUGGGCUCAACGGAUUUUAAGGUGACAUCCAUUUCCAAAUUUGCAUGAAUCACCAAGUCUCUGGAGAAUGGAAUUUGGGGGGGGUGUUCCCCUUGGGGACAAUGGAAUUUGUGGGGUUGCGUUCCCCUUGGGGACCCGUCUGUGCUGUCUUGUGGAUAGGUGAACCCCUCAGAAGUAAGUGCAGAAAAGGGAAGGAGAAAAGGAAAAAUCAUGUCCCUGACUCCCGCUGGCUUUCUUUCCCCCUGGGCUGAGCGCAGAGCUCCCCCAGGUCUCCCCCACCCCGCAGACACACGAAUGGAAAGCUCCCCAUCGAUUCUGGGAUAACGGAGAGGGAGGCACGUGUUUGAUGCUCUGGCUACCUCCCCCUCCUGUCCGUCCCCCGUCCUGCUUCUGGCAGCCACCUGGGUUAGAAUUUCCUGGAAAAAGCAAAAAUGCCUCCCAGCAGGAGGGAGAGGAAGACAGAGAAUGGGGACGGGGUGGACUAGGAGGAGGGAGGGCAGGGAGAUGGAGAAGACGCUCUGGGGCGAAGGAAAAGCUGAGGGUGGGAGCCCUGAGGAGCAGACCCAGAGAUGCACCAGCCACUCACAGGCGUCAUACUUCAUAUUGUUAAGCCAUUUUCACAUCUGCACUUUCAUGUUGCAUGUCACAGCCACUCUGUGUAGGUGAUGGGCACAUUUUUUUUUUUUUUUUCCUGCUUCACUGAUGAGAAGACUGAGGCAUGAGAAGCUCUAGUGAUUUGCUCAAGGUUACAAUAGUCUAAUUUACUCCCCAUUCAGAACAGCCUGCGUAGAUCAUACAGCAAAAUUCAGUAAUGGCUUUUCUGGUAUUUCAAGUUUAAGUCAAUAGCCUGGUUUUUUUUUUAUUUUAAGCAUAUUUUAAUAGCCAAUAUCUAUUAGGAAAUAAAGAUAUUUUCUUUUAUUUUUAUACUUGAUCCCUUGAACUACUAGUCCCAUAUUUUAACGUGACUGCAAUUUCUCUAAAUUUCAUUGUUCACGUCAAAGCAUUUGACUAAAAUAUAGCAAAACUACUGUUCCUUUCUAAGGGGUCAAAAUGUUUUCUGUGGGUGGCAGAGUGUCACGUGGGUGAAGAUGAAAGCAGCUUUGUUGUGUUCCUCCUCUGGGAAUCUUUCUAGGGUUAUUACGAAAGUCAAGAAUAGAUCAGAAAUGGAGAAAAGAUAGGAAAUGUCAAGAGAGCUGUCGUGGAAAAUUGAAAUGAUUCCUUUUCAAGUUCACGAAUUCCGUCCUGAUGACAGACCUCCAGCCUUGCGGGAUGGGCUCUUCCCAGAUAGAAAGGUGGCAGCCAUGAGGGGAUUUGAUGCAACUGUGAUUGAUGUCGGCACGUCCAGACGGUGAUAUUUUAUGAGGAGUUUAACCGACAUUUGUUAGGCUGAUUCAAUGGCCGCAGCACCCGGGCUCGACAGGGCCAGGACAUAACAAAAGGAGGCAUACCCACGAAGGUGUCUGGGGCCGUAAGGGACUGAAAUGCCACUGGUUCAAGUUUUGCACACCCCCUCCAUGCCGGAUGUCCUUUUAGUAUUAUUAUUAUUUUUUGGCUGCCCUGUGGCAUAUGGAGUCCCCAGGUCAGGGAGCAGAUCUGAGCCACAGUUUUGACCUAAGCCGCAGCUGUGGCAACACCGGAUCCUUAUCCCACUGUGCCAGGUCAGGGAUCGAACCUGCAUUCCAGAGCUGCCAAGAUGCCACGACUCCCGUUGCACCACAGUGGGAGCUCUCAGGCUGGGUGCUCUUAACCAUAUCAUUUCACGUCUGUCUCCCACAAACUCUACUGCAAGACGAGGCUACAGGGAAGAUCCAGUGACUCCCCGAGGACCAGGUGGCUGCCCCCAGUUCUGCACCCAGGUCCUUUGUCUCUGAGUGAAGGGUUCUUGUCACUAACCCAGACAGGAAAGAGCCACGGGGUGACUGUCACGGCCCAAUGUGGGGACACGCAUCCCAGGGGCAGAUUCAUGCUGGUACCCACGGUGUGAGAGUUCAGAACUCAGGACCAGAUCCUUUGGGCUCGAGUUAUGGUGGCUUAGGCUCCACAGAACAGAUUAAACGUGGCCAUUUUAGCACUUCUUUCACAAGUGAAGUGGUUACGGAAAUGCUUUCAAGGGGGAAACUCCUCCAUCACAGAGUAGAUGGUGACUUGGCUGGUUAAGAAAACUUUUCUUUCUUGGGCGAAACGUAGUUUCUAUUCUGUCCUGAAGCGUGGGCUCUCCUGGUGGAGACACGUGAGCACUGCCAGGGGCCUGGAAUGUCCCAAGAGGGUAAGAAUAGCCACGACAGAGACGGCUCCUGCUGGCCCCUGGUCACUGCAGUUGUCAGGAAGGCUUUGCCUCAAACAGCUCGGGGCCGUCUCGACUGGGCGUCAGAAGAACCAGCCUCGCUUUCCCAUCGCUUUCACCUGCAAGUCCUUUGUAGCUAAGAUACAUUUAUUCCUGAGAAGAUUCCCCACCUCCUUGGAAAACACAGGCUCCAGCAGCCUUGAGUCUGGGACUCCCUGGAAGCAUGGACCAGCCAGACCUGCUGGGCUUCCUCGUCAUUACCUUAAACUGCAACGUGACCAUCGUGGGGAAGGUCUGGCUGAUCUUCAUGGUUCUGCUGAGGAUGGCGGUGCUCAUCCUGGCCGGGUCGCCCGUCUACCAGGAUGAGCAGGAGAGGUUCGUGUGCAACACGCUGCAGCCGGGAUGCGCCAACGUUUGCUAUGACAUCUUCGCCCCCGUGUCCCACCUGCGGUUCUGGCUGAUCCAGAGCGUGGCUGUCCUCCUUCCCUUCGCCAUCUUCAGUGUCUACGUGCUGCACAAAGGAGCCGAGGUGGCGGUGCGGGGACCCCGCGGGCCGGAUAAUGGCCCAGAGGACGCCGACCCCCUUGACCUGACCUCCGGGGCCAGGCGCUGCCUGACGGUGCCGGACUUCUCCUCGGGCUACACGGCCCACCUCUGCCUCCGGACGCUGACGGAGGCAGCUUUCGGUGCCCUGCACUACCUCCUCUUCGGAUUCUUGGUCCCUAAGAGAUUUUCGUGCACGCAUCCUCCUUGCACCGGCGUGGUGGACUGCUACGUCUCGCGGCCCACAGAGAAGUCCAUCCUGAUGCUCUUCGUCUGGGCGGUCUGCGCGCUGUCCUUCCUGCUCAGUGUCACGGACCUGCUCUGCAGCGCGCGAUGGACACGCGCGGACGACCCAGCCCAGCCCUGGCCGGGAGGAGGCCGCCUCAGGGGCCGGAGGACGGGGCGCGGGAGGGACGCGGGGCGCACGAGGGCGCGGGGCUGCGCGCUCGCCGGGGCCUGCGCAGCGGAGGGCGGGGGGCGCACAGUCCGGCGGCGGAGCCUGCCGCGCGGGGGCGCCGGGAGCUGCCUGGGGAGGACGAGAGCGACGCGCUGUCCUCCGUCAGCGACCAGCCGCCGGUGGCCGGGCCCGGAGCGGCGGCCCCGGGGUGGGAGGAGCGCCCCUGCGCGUCGCGCGCCAGGCUCCCGGGCCCCGGCAAGUCCGAGUGGGUGUGAGCCGCCCGCGUCCGGUCCGGAGAGAAAAAGGGAUCCGCAGAAAGGCCCGCUGGCGGGACAGGCUUGGCCAGAGGCUCUGAUGCAGCGCCCCGCAAAUUUAAGUUGGAUAACGCCUUCUACGGAAAACUGCGCGUGGUGUUCAAAAGCGGAUGGGGGCUCGGAGGAUUAGCGACCGAGCGUCAGGUCCCGAGGUUGCAGUGCUCUGGUUCUUUUGUCUCACGUUACUGCCCUAUGUGCUUCAUAAAAAGCACGUUCUCUUGCAUUCACAGAGCUCAUUCAUAUUUGGAGAUUUGCUGAUGAAUUAUUCUGAGGGUUUUUUGUUUGUUUUGGUUUUGGUUUGUUUUUCUGCUUAGCUGAUAAGGGCAUCUAUUAGGCAUGUUGUCCAGAGAGGCAUAUUUGUUUUCCCCAAACCCUUUUAAUAAAGUGAAUGCUGACUGCA